GAAAAAAUUGAAACCGUGCUUCGCAAGACAAAAAAACUCGCAAGACGAAAAAACUCACAGAACGAAUUAAUUUCGUCUUGCGAGCCACCACUGUAAUUGUUUCUAUGUUUUUCUUUUUGUAUUGUGUAUUUUUCUGUUUUUUUAUUAUGUAUUGUUAUUAUAUUUUGUUAUAAAACUGGAAAAGCAAUAACUUUUUGAAAAAAAGACAAAACCAAGGCACGGCUUCCGAUUGGCUGCAGGAGCUUCCUGCACUCAACUGGAAGCCGCAGACGCCAAGUCGGACGUACGGCUUCUGAAAAACAUUCGCAAACCGGAACAUUCACUUCUAGGUUUGAGGCAUUCAGGGGCUGAUUUGUUUGGGAGCCAACCAAGGUACCACUUUACUCAUAAAAACCUAAUCCCCCAUUGUUGUAUCUUCUUAAAAAUAUAUAUUGGCCUCAGCAAAUAAAAUGUAUCACAUGCCAUGCCUUCUCUAAUUUUAGGUGAAAUUAUAAAAUAGUACAGCUUUAUCAGUAUUUGUGUCUUUCUGCUACUACCGUAUUUGCUGUUUCUUCAUAUUAUUGACGGUUCUGAAACUAAAGAGGAAUCGCAAUAACAGCUGAACCUAUCAGAAACCACAUAAAGCAAUACUAUAGCAACAAAGUUUAGGUAACUUCCAUUCAUGGAAAGGAGAACUUGCUAGAGUUCACAACACUGGCAAGUAAAUAAGCAGGUAAUUACUAAUAAAGAGGUAUGCAGGAGUAACAAAUAAUUUUAAUUAAUGGUACACAUUUCUUUACAAACUGUCCAUCAUCCAUUUUAGUACUUUGCUAACUCAUAAGUGAACUAAUCAUUAUGAAUUGUCAGAACAUUAAUACAAGCCACACUUGCUCAUAAUAUCAAAAGUAACUGCAAAUUGCAUUAGACUAUAAAUAUGUGAGAUAUAAUACACCUUUAUAUCCACUGGGUGGCAGUCCUUCAAUCACCAAAUCAAUAUUUAUACCCUAAGGACCAACCUUUUCAUGUUAAUAGUAUUGCCCACAAAUCCUCACUUCCUACCUGAAGGUUACCUUAUGGGGCUGCAGUUGUACCAUGGUUUAGUAUUGCAAUAACAAGUCUUUGUGGCCACUGGGUUCCUAGGAUCGCCACCGUUUUCUCCAGUGUGGCCAUGAAAAGACGAUACUAACUGCAGCUUAGUGUUCUGCCCAAACUCAGACAAACUGCAGUUAGUCUUUACUGAGGUUUCCUAAAACUAAAAAUUAUGCAAAGCACUCAUGAGGCCUCCCAGAACCACUCUUCCCAGCACCUUUCGCAAAGUCCAGGAUUCAAGCGCUGCUCCAGCAGUGCUUUAAAGUGGCGGGUGUGACCUGUGGGCUUCUGCGGGGCCCCCGGAGCCGGAGGUUCCUCUUCCCCCGUGGAAGGGGGGGGGGGAGACUUCCUUAAGCAGCUAACCCAAGGCAAAGGCCGAGAGAAACUCGCGCUGCUCCGAGACUUACCUCUCCCGAGUGGCUCGCUCAGCCAUCGCUCUCGCCUCCCAGCUCACUUCCAGCGCUGAAGAAAGAAAACAAGCGGCAAGAACGUAAGAGCGGAGGAAAGGGGCAGCACCUCUCCCCGUCCUGCUGAAAACCAGACCCCCCCCCCCGUUUAGAUGGUGCCUGUUGCCCCCGUUGCCCCAAAGCCUCCGCGGGAGAGCGAGCGGGAGAGCGGGCGAGCCGGGCCCGUCGGGGCGGGGACCCUCAGCAUCCCCGGCAUCGCCCCGAAGGGCCGCCUGGACCCCUCCGCGGGGGAGAGGAAGGAGAAGCCCCUCCGAGCCGCAGCUGCGCGGGGCCUUUUCUUCCGACCCGAAGGGGCUCCAGGGGGUCUCCCCCCCGGCGGGGAGCGCGGGAGGGGGAGCUCGGACUCGAGGAAGCCAACUGACCGGCCAGCUACGGCGUCUCCUUCUAGCGGACGGCGCCCCGUCGGGUUUCCGCGCCACCCGAAAGCGCCUCUUUCCCCGCCCGCUCUGAAGUGGCGGAGCCCGCCCGCGCGGGACUCGAACCCGCGGCCGCUCAGAGCCCGCGCGGGGGGGGGGUCUCGUCGGGGGGGGGCGUCGCGCGCAACUCGCCCCGGCUCUGGCGCGCCCCUCCCCCGCCCGCCCGCCCGACGGGAGGCUCCUCCUCCCCCUCCCUCCGCCUCUCCGAGGAAGCGAGCGGGCGAACGCGCGGCGCGGAUUAAGCCUGUGCGGCUGCCGUCCGUCGCGUCGCCUCUGGGGGGCGGGGAGAGAAAGGCGCUGCUGCUCGGCUCCCUCCGCUCCUCAGGAAACAGACCCGGCGGCGGCGGCGGCGCCUCGGCGAGAGAAAUGUAAGCGCUCCCGGGAAGGGAGGGAAGCGGGAGGGGGCGCCGCCGAAGGUGGGUGGGCCUGGCUCCUUCCCUCCCUCCCGCCGCCCCGCCUCAGGCCGCCCCGCGAGGGAGCCUUUCACACGCGUCUCUCAGCCCCGCUCCCGGUUGCUCCUCAGGAGCCCGUCUCGCGGGCCUACAGGCGUCCCGGGAGCCCCCAGUAUCGCACGCCCGUGUUUCAUUAUCAGGCCAAAGGGGCGGGGAAACGGGUCAGAAAAAUCCCAUACAGGGAUAAGGAGGAGAAGGAUAUUAAUUAUAAUUAAUAGGUCGUCUUUAUUCAAACCAGUCAGAAAUCACAAAGUGAUGCACAAGUUUUUGACCUCAUUUAAGAAGGAGAGGAGAAAAAAAAUGUUCAUAGUUUGUAAGACCAGAGAUGAAAUGGAGGAGAGAUGGGUCAUUCCGCAUCAAAUCAACGCACAAAACAAGGGUUUCGCCACCCUCUCAGAUUUUGAUGAAACUUGCUGUACACCCUUCCCUUAUGGUUGAAAGAAACCCCCUUAAAUGUUUUCCCUCUAUCUCAAACAGUUUUAAUUUUAUAGCACUUCAAAGUUUCGUGAAAUCUAUGUUUCUGUCCCUCAAGAUCCUGGCCUUGUGUGCAUUUUAUUUUUUUCCCUCCAUAACCAAUGAUCAGAUCUCUUUGAAAUUUUACAUAGAGAUCAAUAACAUGAUGAGGAUUUCAGGAAAAAAUACACCAGCACUCAAAAGAUUUUAUAAAUACCUAAAAAAAUGUAUAAAUGUAGAUUUUUUGGUAGAAAAACUAGGUGUAGAAAAGCUGGAUUUUCAGCAUUAGGGCACAAUGCAAUCAAUAGUUUUUGAUGGUAAAAAUUAUUGCAAAGACAUGCUCUUUCUCAACAAAGACUAAAAUUUAUGGGUCUCUUAUGUCUUAUGACAAAAUUUUACAUUUUUGGGACAUCAUGGGGGGGAAUGGGGAAUGGGUACAACUUUCCUACAAUCUAUUGCUGUAAAAUAAAAAAAUAAUGAAACAAAGUUGUUCAUCUUAAAAUCUAAAAUAAUAUUAAAACUAUGAAAAUUGGCUAUAUCGUGAAAUCACCCUAAAAAAUAUAUCUGUCAGAAACUUUAAAUGCUGACAAAAAAAAGUCUCUCAAAAGUCCAAAGUUAAACUGUUACUAAAUCUGCAUAGCUGCGAAUGCCACUCUACUUCCCAUUCACAAAAAAUCCCCUUGCAGAGCCUGUCCACAGAAAUCAGAAGCUGACUUCCUUUUUUGCUUCUGUUUCACCAAAUCAGUCAAUUUAUGCCUAAUUCCUUUUUAAAAAACUUUAUUUGGCUUUUACCUCUAAUUGGAAGAUCCGCUGCUUGUGGUGGCGGUGUGUGGCUUCGGCAGUAGAGUACGGUGGAGCCAUGAGCGAACUCAAGCCUCUUUCCCCCGCGCAAAAAUGGCAGCCUGGAGGCUCAGGAGGGUGAGUUCCCACACUCUGCUGGACCCGUAGGACCCCCACUCCUCCAUGGGGUGGGGGUUGGGGGCACCUAGCCCUGGCGCUCACCCCCAAAGCUCUAUCUGCCAGAACUGUGCCGUCCCUUAAGCGGACGACACCGAGCACGCUGCCAUUACCUCCACAGUGAACCAGAAGUCCUAUCCUGCCCAAUUCCUAAGUUUCCUGUGUGGACUUGGGCCCAUCACUGUUUUUCAGUCUCAUAGUUAUUAUGGGAAUAAAUUGCAUCUUUUUAUAUGUUAUUCACAUGUAUAAAAGUACUACAGUAAUACACAUACCAUAUUUUUCACUCCAUAAGACGCACUAAAAAGUAAGGGGAAAUGUCUGUGCAUCUUAUGGAGCGAAUGUGUGGUCCCUGGAGCCAAAUCGCCGGAGUGUGGCACGCUCCUGGGCUGCUCUUUGGGAGUGAGCUUUUCUGCCCCUAAAGCCCAGGAAAGGUUUGGGAGCAGCGGGCAGGCUGUGCACUGUUGCCCCGCGCUCCUGGGUUGCUCUUUGGGGGGCGCAGCAAAUUGCCGUCUCUCAGUGCCUCCUAAUUGAACUGCAAAGGCUUGAUUGCCUAACUGGAUUCUGAGCUCCAUUUGAAAUUUAAAAAUAUUAAGUUUGGGGAUUUCUUCAAGUAGCAGUUUUGCAGAAAUAGUCAUCAAUACAUGCAAAGCAUCUCCACAAACCAGUAAUAGUGAGCUCAGCUAAACUAAGCAGGCAUCUGGCUCAGUAACAGUUUAAACUGCACAACUAUAACCGGACAUCCUGUGUGUUUGUGUGUGGACCAUGUUCCUAGCAGCUAAUCUUUAUUGCUGAAAAGAGGCACUGAUAUUCCACUCCAAAUCUAUAAUUCAUUAAAAAAAUUCUUACAAGCACAGUCCACCUAUACCAAACCAAAAACUUUGUGUUCUCUUGGUAUUGAAUGGAAGCUAUUUAUCUGCCCUCUUUUCCUCCUCUGUUCUUUGCUCAGUCACUCCACUUCCCACUCUUUGAAUCUUCCUUUCAAAACAACUAUGCCUGUUUUGAGAAAACUUCACAGAUUUAGGAACUGGAGCGCAAUCAUUUGAUGUCUUUGCUGUUUCUCCAUACUCCAAGCCCUUCUCAUUUGCACAGCCCUGGUUUCUCUCCCUGACUAUUACCAUUCUUGAUUAAUAACAGUAAAAUGCUCAAAUUUUAGUUUAUGUGACCGCUGCCAAUACUGACUUCCCAGUGAUAAUGAAAACAGCUACAUUGUAAUGGAAUGUCUAUCCUUUUUCCAUUAACUUCGUUAUGUACCGUGGCUCGCUUUAAAGCAGCAAAGCGGACAGGAGCCGCCCGCUUUGCUGUUUUAAAUAGUUUAGUACAACGUUUGAGUCAGAUUUUUUUCCCCUUGUUUUCCUGCUGUAAAAACUAGGUGCGUCUUAUGGCGCAAAAAUACGGCACUUAGUAUGUUCUAAGAGCCUUCAUUGUUCUUCACUGAGAUUCUCUGAAGCACUCCUGUGUUUCAGAAAACAAAGAAAUGGUUGGUAUCGCACAUUAGGAAAAGUAGAUUUUUGGCACUGGAACAAAUAACUCAGUGAGAAGGUUGGGAUUCAGUUUGAGUUGCUUACUCUUGCAAAAUGGCUUUUAAUUUCCACAUUUUUCUUUUCUAGGGCCGAUUACUGGAAAUCUCAGCCCAAGAAAUUCUGUGAUUAUUGCAAGUGCUGGAUAGCGGACAACAAGCCUGUAUGAUGAUCUACCUUCUGUACUCUUAAGUGAAACUGAAGUACAAAAAAUGAAUUAUAUAUUAAUUUUCAACAGAUCAAUCUAGACUUGGAAGUUUGUAUUAUGAGGAGUGGUCACCUGAGUGCUGAGUCUGAGUGAACCCCAGGUAUAUCUGAGAUCCAGAUAUACUGCUUCCUUAGAGGUUGUGCAACAGCUACUGAUACUGUCCUGAUCUUUAUUGGGACCAGCUGUCAUGAGUGCUCCAAUAGCUGCAACAGUAUUUCUAUUCAGGCAUUGUUCCUGAAUGAGAACAACCCACAUGCGUAGGAGGCAUGGGAUCACCCCCACCCCCCGUUCUGUUCACUCAGUCCCUGACCUUCCGAGGUUAAAUGUGGAAGGUAUGAAGGGGGCUAGAAGCCUCUACAUGAUGGGGGAACCUGCUUUAUCAGGGGGCUGGAUCAUGCAGAGGCUUCCACUCACAUUUAAGUGAGCACAGGUAAAAACUCCUCAGACGUCCCCUGCUCAUUACAGAAAGGUUGGCGACUGAUUGGGUCAGCUGGGUAUGCAGGGGGCAAUUUUGUCCCCAUGCUUCCUACCUGUGUGCCCGAGCAGGGUUAAUAUUGAUGGUAGUUGCAUGUCAUGUGAGCUGUGAAGUCUCAAGAUCUCAGGUUGGUGGAGGGCACUCCUUGCAAUAUUUCUGUUUGUUACUACAAUAUUGAUGAAUUCUCUUUGAUCAUUCUUCUCAUAAAUCCCUACACCCUUAUUUUAACAAAGCAAAUUCCUAGCUUUCACGACUUUAAAGACUUUAAAGAUAAACUUGAAAAAAUGUGGACAAUGGCUGGUGAAAUCUUACAAGCAAGAAUAUAACUCUGCAAAAUUUUGAACAGUCUGCUUACCUAUUUCCAUGGCUGACACAAUCAGAAUAAAUUAUGCAAAUAAACCAAUGCAUACAAACUUAAUUUUCAUGGUGCAAAAUCUGGAUUACUUUGGCAGUUCUUUGCGGCACAAAGUAUAAACUUACGGCAAUAACAAAAUCUUGUAAGCAAAAAAUGUCAGCUGCGUUCCUGUAUGGCCUUCUGUCCCACCCCUUCAAAACAUCAUUGAAAUCCUCUCUAAAGUUGUUCUUAAGCACCUUCUUGCAUUUCUGUCUCAACAAAGGAAGUCCAGCCUCUUUCUCUCCCUUAGCGUGACUUUCUCCAAACCUAUUCCUACUUCACAAUCUGUAACCCUGUUACCUAAAUUAGAAGCUUCAGUUUCUUCUUCUGCUACCCCUGCUUUUCCUGUGGCUAAACCCCACUUCCCAUUCCAAAGCUUACAAAGAACUGUGUGAACAAAGAAAAACAUUUUAACUUGGUAAGAUGUUCAGCUGCAUCAUUCUGGCAAGUGGUGAGAACUUUACCACACUUCAGCUGUUGGAAAUAAAAUAAGUAGCAAAGCAAUCCUAGGAGGUGAAGGAAGGAGAAGGUGCAGAGAUUUUUUAUUCAUUCCCUUUGCUGUGCUCCAGAAUUGGGCCCCUUGGAAGAUGUGUGCCUACAGUGCCAGAAACACCCUGUUCUGAGACCUUCUGCUGACUGCUGGCAGUGAGAGCCCCCCCCCAUGAAGCCCCUUUCUAUUGGUAGAGGCCGGCAGAGAGAAGCCUGCACACCAUUCCAAUAGUGCCCCUUGCAGGUCAUCAACAUUGGGGAAGUCAGUAGUGUUGUGCGCUAAAUUGCCAAUUGGUAAAAUAUGUACUGACCAAUGUGACUAUAUUGUAUUUCACAAGCACUACUGUCCUGUGUGCUCCAUCUGUGGGGGUGUGCUUCAGGCUGGUAUUCUUCAUUGCUGCUGUUACUAAGUAUGCCUGAUAUAUAUUUAAAAUAAAUUAACAUUUCAGGAAUCCUUGUGAUUGAAAGAAAAGGAAACUUGUUUUCAUCCUUCCUAUUGUGUGUUUCUUUUAUAUUUAUCUUUGUAGCCUGAACUUCUGAGCAUUUCACUGAGGCGAGCCUGUAUUAGUACGCAGUAUUAUUUUGAGAUUUUAAUUGACUGUAGUGAUCUUAUAUAUUUAAGAUAUUUUAGCCAGCUUCUGUUAACAAAUAAUUUAAACAAGAAAACGAUAAAAACAGCAGAUUGAAACAGAAGCAGAAUAAAAAACAAGACAUAGUAGCAUAAAACUUCCUGAGCACUGCCACAAAAUCCAGCUAAAAUGCCUGAGAGGGAAAAGAAAAGGUGUCUGGAACUUAAAAGCAAAGGUACCAAGCAAGGCUUCCUGGCGGGUGCAUUCUGUGAGUGGCAUGCCGCCACUGCAGCGGCCUUCCCCCCAGUUCCUAUCCGUCCUAUUAGGGCAAGCAGGCAACACAUAGAGCUGUGCCUUUGAUGAACUCUUGGAACAGGUUCAUCUAGAGCACAGUGGUCACUAAGGUACCCCAGCCCCAUGUCAUUAAACUUCUUGUUGGAACUCUAGGUUACUGGUAGGUUUGCUUCCUUUUGUUUUAAUAUGUCACCUGUGUUCAGUCUCAUUUGUGCUCCUGCCAGUUCACAUUUCUGUGUAUUUUAAUUCUGUCUCAUUUCCUUUUAAAGAGUAUUGACUUUCAUGAACGAGGAAAAAACCAUAAGGAAAAUGUGGCUAAAAAGAUUAGUGAGGUAAUACAAUAUAUUAAACCUUGUUUAAACUAAUCACAUUAUAUUAAAUUCCAUUAUUUAAUGGAACUCAUUAUUUUUUCAAUUGCAGAUUAAAAAGAAAAGUUUGGAAAAGGCAAAAGAAGAAGAAAAAAUGUCAAAGGAAUUUGCAGCCAUGGAGGAAGCUGCAAUGAAGGCUUAUCAGGAGGAUUUGAAAAGAAUUGGUGCUACGACAGGUAGGGUCUGACGCUGCCAAAGAGAUGAACAAGCUCCUGCUUAAUAUGUUCUGUCACUCACUUUUCCCAUAGCUGUAGUUGCUUCCUCUUUCCCUCCUUAAAAAAACAGCAGAUAUAAAUCCCAGCAAUUCACUUCUACAUCAUGUCCAGGUGAGCUUCUCUUGUUAUAAUCCAAAUCAGAGAAGGUUACGCUCGGCCAGCUUCUGUUCAGUAAAUUGUCCAAUAGAGGAGUCAGCAAGAUGGAUUCCCACUCCCUGUCACUCAAGCCCCUCUCCUUCACUGAACCUUUCGGCUCAGCAGGGAAGGGGAGCUGGCUGAACAAGUGUGUGAGUGAUCUAUAUCCAGUCUCUUUAAUCCAGGGGGAUGAUAGCGGGUGUAGCUCUCCCAAACCCCCAAAAUAUAUCCUUGGUCUUCGCUCAUGAAGGGAGCAUCCACAGCAACCCAGAAGUCCCCGGAAGUUUUGAUGUUUGUUUUUUAAAACUGGAACUUGAUGUUUCAGAAUCUUUAGGUCAGAGCUCAGCACCAAAAAAGCAUGAGGAAAAGAAAGAAAAGAAAGAAAAGAGAAAGAGAGAGAGAGAGACCACAGAAACAUCAUCAGAUGCAGCAAAGGAAUGGGUGCGAGGAUUUUCUCCAGAAGGCUAUAUGUAUUACUACAACGCUAUAUCAGGAGGUAAACCUGUAACAAGGAAUGUGGAUUUAACCAUCCACAUAUCUUGCAAUGGCUCCUUUCCAAUUACCUCACCACCCGCUUGUACCUAUGACAUCAGAACAAAAUAACCUGCUCUCACCACGCAUGGAAGUUCCUUGGCUAAAAAAAACACAUUUGCCACAGACUUCUUCCUUUCUGAAGCUUUUCUCCAGUCUGCCGCCUUCAGUCCUUCAGGAGCUAUCAGUGUGACCACGUGGAGCCACCCUCCUGAGAUUGGCAUCACUGCCGCUUACCGGGAUGGGGAUGAGGCCCAGCAAGGUGGAGGCUGCGUGGACACAUUGGCAGAGCCAGCUCAGUGCUCCCCACGGUGCUCCCAUCACUGUGGCCAUUACCCAGCUAUCAUUACUUCCAUACAGAUUUACUUUAUGUGUCACCAUCGUUUUUUCAAUGUACAGACAACUGAAACCUAAUAUCUCUUCUUUUAUUGUUAUCAUCCCCACCCUUAAGAAUCGCAGUGGGAGAAACCUGAAGAAUUUCAGGACAACCUUCAAGAACUCCAAAAGGUAAAUGAAAGUUGUAAAAGCAAAUCCUGCUUUUGUUUUAUUGUUAUGCAGGUUCUCUGAGCUUGAACUGGUCAUUAGAAUUACCAGUAGCUAAGUCCCACACCAAAGGGGAAACACCAGCUGAAGCCAUGUGUCCCUUAUUGGAUCUACUCCUUUGGCAAAUGCUGCACACCAUAAACUGAGUCUUGGCAUGACUCACAUUUUCAGAACGCUUCCUGCUAAAGUUAAGUUUUAAGUAUGCAAAGUUAGAUUUUAUUUUUAUUUUUUACUUUUGUUGUUUAGUCAUGUCCGACUCUUCGUGACCCCAUGGACCAGAGCACGCCAGGCACUCCUGUCUUCCACUGCCUCCCGCAGUUUGGUCAAACUCAUGCUGGUAGCUUCGAGAACACUGUCCAACCAUCUCAUCCUCUGUCGUCCCCUUCUCCUUGUGCCCUCCAUCUUUCCCACAUCAGGGAGAAUUGACUGCAUUCAAGUGUAGAGCAAAAAUUAGUUUAGCUACAAUUAUCAUGUUGCAUGGGUAUUUAGGAACAAGUUUGUAAUGUGGCUUCAGGUGUGUGAGGACAGGAUCCAGGAGCAAGUCUUUGACAUGUUUCUCUGGUAUCUUUUCCCAGGACUCAUAGCGCCCGCCAUAUAUAAUUGGUGGGGAGGAAAAUCAGAUUUUCUAAGUGAUACUUCUUAUACCUACCUUUGUUCAAUUUCUUUUUUUAAUGCAGUUUCCAAGCUGUUAUACAACAUCAUUCAUUUUGCUUAGUUUUCUGGUGACCCUUAUUAUUUAUACAGUACAAUCAAGAAUUAUAAAGAAAAAGAACAGAUCCCUUCCUAAGAAUAUUGCUUUCUAAAAGCUAACAGUUUGGGGAGACGAGGGUGUGGGGAAAUGGGAUUUCCAAGGUAACAAAGGACUUGUUUCACUUGUUAAUGGAAACAAUAAAGUUUAUUAAGUCAAAGGCUUCAAAGAAAAGGUGUAAAGAUGUAUUUCAGGUAACUUGGCUAUCUAAGAGCCAUUCUGUCUCUGUCCAAAUUCUGUUAGAGUGUAUGGAAUUUCCCCCAGAUUAUUUUAAUGAGUUAGAUAUAAUUGCAAUAUUUUCAUAAGUGGAGCCUGACCUUCCUUGCCUAUAUCCAUAUGGUACAUCGGUGAGACUUGGAUUAAUCUUUUACUAGGUGGUUUAUUUUUCUCUGUUAGACAGCACAGUGGAUGGAAGGAACAAGUGAAGAUGGUCGCACCUAUUACUACAACAUAGAAACAGGAGGUAAGGAAGAUAAAAAAGAGAUAAAACAUAGGAAGGUGCCUUAUCCAGAGUUAGACCAUUGGUCCACCUAGCUCAGUGUUGCCUACACAGACCGGCAGCAGCUUUCCCAGAUUUUUGAUAUAGGUCUUUCCCAAAAUUCCUUGGAAAUGCUGGGAUUGAACUUGGGUUUCUGCCCAUGCAGAGUUUUGCCAGCGUGAGACAGCCCUACACUUCUGUGAAGUCAGUAGCACAAAUGGAGAACUAAAUCCCAGAGGGUGGGGGGUGGGGUGGAGUUGUUACCCUGAUAAGGCCCUCAUGUCCUUUCUGUAGGAACUUUGGGCCAUAGAGAAGCUGCAGCACUGUUCAUAAGGUGAAACGGACUGAGUCUGCCCUCUUAAUGUCAUGACUAUUUGAGCCAAUCAUGUCUGAAGUACAGUGGAUGAUAACUAGGUACAGUGGUACCUUGAGUUACAAACGCCUCAGGUUACAAACGCUUCAGGUUAAAAACUCCGCUAACCUGGAAGAGUUACCUCGAGUUGAGAACUUUGCCCCAGGAUGAGAACGGAAAUUGUGUGCCGGCGGCGCAGCGGCAGCAAGAUGCCCCAUUAGCAAAAGCAUGCCCCUAGUUAAGAACAGUUUCAGGCUAAGAACGGACCUCAGGAACAAAUUAAGUUCGUAACUAGAGGUACCACUGUAGUUCUUCUCAGUACUGGCACACCAAUUGUGGAAAGCUCUCCCCAGUGAGGUUUGCCAGGUUGCCUACUUUGUUGUCAUUUAGGCACUAGGCUGGGAGUAGCUGCCAGAAUUCAAAACCAGUGAUUUUCAGAGUUAUAUCUAGCUUCCCAAUGACACCAAAUUGCAUCAUCUACCUCAGACCCAUAUUUGUUUUUGUAUGUUGAGUGUACAACUGAUGCUUUUGCAUUAACAUUGUGAAACACAAAUAACAGUUGUUUGUUUGAGUGGGGUUAAGAAUGGGAAUUUAACAUUGUGUGAUGUUUUGAUUUGUUAGCCACCUUGAGUUUAUUUUGAAAAUAGGCUGGAUAUAGAUUCUUUUAAUACAAACUAUUGUUUAAAAUACAUUGCUGUCUGUGUUUUCCAGUAUCAACCUGGGAGAAACCUGAUAAUUUUGUGUCUCCUUCAAAAGAGAGUCAAAAAGAAAACCAUCCUGAAGACAGCCGAGAAAUGGAGUCAAAGAAAGCUGAAUCAGAUGCAGGGAAAGCAGACCUUAAAAGCGAACUGCAAAAGCCAAAAAGAAAUCUCCGGGUAAGUCAUUUUCCUAAGUCAUUUUCAGAAUAAACCCACAUCUUUUAUCAAGUCAUAUUAAUUAUUGAAGUUUGAAUAAAAAGUUCAUUGCCAUCCAGCAGAAAUGCUUGCCACUGAGGAGACCAGGCCACAGAGCCGGGGUGGGGGGUGGGGAGGGUAAUGAACAGUCUCCCUGCCCAUGGCAGCAGUUUCUGGCAUGCCAGUUGCCAAACAUCACUAUAUGGACAAGGGAGAUAAAAGCCCUUUGGAUGAGCCAGUUAUGGGGACAGAGCACUUCUUUCAGGUGGUUUUGGGAUGUGGAUUGUGGUUAGAGAGGAAGCCAAAGGCAAUCUUCCCCAAGGGUGAGAGACUGGUUGAAAAGAAGGGAUAGGACCCCCUGUCUCUGGGUCACAGCCUUAUGACAAUGGGGGAUGCUUAGAGGGUUUUGAGUGGGAGUAGGGCUGGAGGAAGCGGGGUAUUUGGGAAAUAAGGAGGAGAUACCAGGGAUGGAGGACCCAUAAAGACAUCUUGCUCACUAUGUUGCACUUGGAUUGCUGAUUUAUUUAUUAUAGAACUUGUUUAGGCUGCUUUUGUAUAAAUUGUGUUGAGGUUGAUGUUGUAUACGUUGGUCACACUAUCAAAACACCAUGCGUUGUCAGGAAAUAGGUGAGUGUUUGUGUAACGAGUCAGUGUUUUCUGUUGAGUCCUAUGAGGAAAUUUCGAAUUCAUUCCUGACCACCAAAUUUCGACACCAAAGUGAUGGGAAAAACCAGGAAAAUCCUCUGAAACCUUGCAAAAGGAAAACAGGGAAGGAAAACAUGCUCUCUUGUUUGUCAGAUAUCCCCGCCCCUACCCACAUGGUUUCUGGCGAAAUGGCUGUCACAGACCAGCAAAACACAAAAAGUAAGCCUUGUUGAAGGCUUCUUGUUUAGUUACAGCACUACAUGCAGGUCCGGCUGUUUGGAUAUAUGAAUCUGUGGUGUGUAACGCACAGUUUGGGUAUUAAUUCCUCAUGUUUGGAUAAGUGAAUUUCUGUAUAACCAGUGUUUGGUGUGUGUGGACUCUCUUGGUUAAAGGAAGUUGUUGGUGGUGUAUUGCUCAGUAGUUUGCUGUUGGCUUUCUUUGCUUUCAGAGGAAAACAGAAAGUGAUGACGAAGUAGAGGAAAAGCCUCACAGACGCAAAAAGAUCAGCCCUUAUGGGGAAUGGCAAGAAGUGAAGCAGGAAAGCAGUGAUAUAGAGGAUGUACCAGCCGUUCGGCAGGAAACCUCUCAGGCAGCAUCUCGAAGAGUCAAACCUUACGGGGAAUGGGAAGAAAUCACGGAAGAUAAAGAUCCAUAGUAAGUCCCAGAUGCAGCGUGGAGACCAUUGAUUGUAUACCAUUUCUUGGGAGAACGUUAAAUUCCUCUGAAUUCCUGUUAUUGCGAUCUGAACUUCAAACCGGUUUCUGACAAUGUUUUGAUAACAUGUAACAGAGACUUGGUUGGAUGAAGCAGAUGGGCCUGUUCUUGCCGCUGCUUGCCUACCAGGUUUCUCUUAACACACAACAGCCCAGGACAUAUGGGUGGGGUGCAGUCAUUAGCGUGCACCAGGCAUCCUAUUGGGAAGACCCAGUUUUCUGAGUGCAUGUUCUGGAAGUUGGGCAAUAGGGGCAGUACAGGGUUCCUUUUGGUGUACCGACCUCCCCGCUGCACCAAGGAUUCCCUGCCUGAGCUGCUUCAGGUCAUGGCGGAUGUUCUCCUGGAGACACCUAGUUUGAUUGUCCUAGGGGAUUUUAACGUCCAUGCCAAAACAACCUUACAAGAAAGCAUGGCCUCCAUGGGGCUGUCCCUGAAUAAGUUUGGCCCAACCCAUAGUUCGCAGACAUGCCUUAGACCUGGUAUUCACCUCUAUAGAUGUGGGUGAUCUGACACUAAAUGAAAGCGAAACAAAAGAAAUGCCAUGGUUGGAUCACUUCCUGGUACACCUGGCCUCCGUGACCCUUCCCCUCUGCAGGGAGGUGGGACCAAUUUGGAUGUUCCACCCCCACCACUUAAUGGAUCCAAAUGGUUUCCAGAGAGUUGUAGGGGAUGUUUUAUCCCCUGUUUAAGGCCUUUCAGCUGAUUCCCUGGUGGCCCGCUGGAAUGCGGAAUUAACCAGGACUAUUGACUGUCUGGCUCCGAAGCGCCCUCUCCGAUUGCAGGGGGCCCGGACUGCCCAUGGUUUUCCCCAGAGCUCAGGGCGAUGAAACAAUAGUUGAGACGGCUAGAGCAUCAGUGGUGGAAAACUCACUCUGAAUCUGACUGGACAUGGGUUAGAGCAGGGGUCAGCAAACUCUUUCAGCAGGGGGCCGGGCCACUGUCCCUCAAACCUUUGGGGGGCUAUGUUUUUUGGGGGGGCGGGGGAAUGAACAAAUUCCUGUGCCCCACAAAUAACCCAGAGAUGCAUUUUAUAAAUAAAAGGACACAUUCUACUCAUGUAAAAACACCAGGCAGGCCCCACAAAUAACCCAGAGAUGUAUUUUAAAUAAAAGGACACAUUCUACUCAUGUAAAAACAUGCUGAUUCCCGGGCUGGAUUUAGAAGGCGAUUGGGCCACAUCCGGCCCCCAGGCCUCAGUUUGCCUACCCAUGGGUUAGAGCUCAACCUCGAGCCUACCAAGUGGCGAUAGCGAUGGCAAAGAGGACCUUCUUCAGCACCUCUAUUGCAUCUGCAGAAAACUGCAGCAGGAAACUUUACAGGUGGUUUGCCAUCAGGGCCUGGUAAAGACCCCAAGAUCUCCUUCAAGAUUUCCUUGAUUCGGAAAGAGGUAGACUCCACCGUGGGAGCAGGGCUAGAGUCCUGUCUAAAGUUGCGUGGGAUCAAUUCUAAUCUGUUACCUCCGAUGAUGUGGACAGGCUGCUUGGAUGAGUGAAACCGACCACCAGUCUCCUUGAUCCUUGCCCAUCCUGGCUAAUAAAAGCAAGCCGGGAAGGACUGGGUGAUGGGCUCUGCAGAGUGGUGAAUGCUUUCUUCUGUGAGGGACCCUUCCCAGACCCACUGAAAGAAGCAGUUAUUAAACUGCUUCUUAAAAAACAUCUUUGGACCCGGCCAAUAUGGCCAAUUAUCGCCCAGUCUCAAAUCUUCCAUUCUUGGGCAAGGUGAUUGAGCGGGUGGUUGCUUAACAACUGAAUGCAAACCAUUUGGAUCCCUUUGAUCAUGGAACUGAAACUGCCUUGGUUGCACUGGUGGAUGAUCUCCGGCGGGUUAGGAACAAAGGUGAAAACUAUUUCCUUUUUAAAAAAAUGAAUAAAAAUAUUUUUCAUUUUUUAAACAAAUUUUUUAUACAUUCACAUUUUUUGUUGUUGUUUAGUCGUUAGAAUUUAUUUUUAUUUUUUACUUUUGUUGUUUAGUCAUGUCUGACUCUUCGUGACCCCAUGGACCAGAGCACGCCAGGCACUCUUGUCUUCCACUGCCUCCCUCAGUUUGGUCAGACUCAUGUUUGUAGCUUCGAGAAUACUGUCCAACCAUCUCGUCCUCUCUCGUCCCCUUCUCCUUGUGCCCUCCAUCUUUCCCAACAUCAGGGUCUUUUCCAGGGAGUCUUCUCUUCUCAUGAGGUGGCCAAAGUAUUGGAGCCUCAGCUUCACGAUCUGUCCUUCCAGUGAGCACUCAGGGCUGAUUUCCUUAAGAAUGGAUAGGUUUGAUCUUCUUCCAGUCCCUGGGACUCUCAAGAGUCUCCUCCAGCACCAUAAUUCAAAAGCAUCAAUUCUUCGGCGAUCAGCCUUCUUUAUGGUCCAGCUCUCACUUCCAUACAUCACUACUGGGAAAACCAUGGCUUUAACUAUACAGACCUUUGUUGGCAAGGUGAUGUCUCUGCUUUUUAAGAUGCUGUCUAGGUUUGCCAUUGCCUUUCUCCCAAGGAGCAGGCGUCUUUUAAUUUCGUGACUUCUGUCACCAUCUGCAGUGAUCAUGGAAUAAAAUAAGAAAUAAAAGAAAUAAAAUAUCUCACUGCCUCCAUUUCUUCCCCUUCUAUUUGCCAGGAGGUGAUGAGACCAGUGGCCGUGAUCUUCGUUUUUUUGAUGUUGAGCUUCAGACCAUAUUUUGCGCUCUCCUCUUUCACCCUCAUUAAAAGGUUCUUUAAUUCCUCCUCACUUUCUGCCAUCAAGGUUGUGUCAUCUGCAUAUCUGAGGUUGUUGAUAUUUCUUCCGGCGAUCUUAAUUCCGGCUUGGGAUUCAUCCAGCCCAGCCUUUCGCAUGAUGAAUUCUGCAUAUAAGUUAAAUAAGCAGGGAGACAAUAUACAGCCUUGCCGUACUCCUUUCCCAAUUUUGAACCAAUCAGUUGUUCCAUAUCCAGUUCUAACUGUAGCUUCUUGUCCCACAUAGAGAUUUCUCAGGAGACAGAUGAGGUGAUCAGGCACUCCCAUUUCUUUAAGAACUUGCCAUAGUUUGCUGUGGUCGACACAGUCAAAGGCUUUUGCAUAGUCAAUGAAGCAGAAGUAGAUGUCUUUCUGGAACUCUCUAGCUUUCUCCAUAAUCCAGCACAUGUUUGCAAUUUGGUCUCUGGUUCCUCUGCCCCUUCAAAAUCCAGCUUGCACUUCUGGGAGUUCUCAGUCCACAUACUGCUUAAGCCUGCCUUGUAGAAUUUUAAGCAUAACCUUGCUAGCGUGUGAAAUGAGUGCAAUUGUGCGGUAGUUGGAGCAUUCUUUGGCACUGCCCUUCUUUGGGAUUGGGAUGUAGACUGAUCUUCUCCAAUCCUCUGGCCACUGCUGAGUUUUCCAAAUUUGCUGGCAUAUUGAGUGUAGCACCUUAACAGCAUCAUCGUUUAAAAUUUUAAAUAGUUCAGCUGGAAUAUCAUCACUUCCACUGGCCUUGUUAUUUGCAGUGCUUUCUAAGGCCCAUUUGACUUCACUCUCCAGGAUGUCUGGCUCAAGGUCAGCAACCACACUACCUGGGGUGUAUGAGACAUCCAUAUCUUUCUGGUAUAAUUCCUCUGUGUAUUCUUGCCACCACUUCUUGAUGUCUUCUGCUUCUGUUAGGUCCUUUCCACUUUUGUCUUUUAUUAUGGUAAUCUUUGUACAAAAUGUUCCUUUCAUAUCUCCAAUUUUCUUGAACAGAUCUCUGGUUCUUCCCAUUCUAUUGUUUUCCUCUGUUUCUUUGCAUUGCUUGUUUAAGAAGGCCUUCUUGUCUCUCCUUGCUAUUUUUUGGAAAUCUGCAUUCAAUUUCCUGUAUCUUUCACUAUCUCCCUUGCAUUUUGCUUGCCUUCUCUCCCCCGCUAUUUGUAAGGCCUCGUUGGACAGCCACUUUGCUUUCUUGCAUUUCCUUUUCAUUGGGAUGAUUUUAGUUGCUGCCCCCUGUAUAAUGUUAUGGUUUUAGUUGCUGCCCCCUGUAUAAUGUUAUGAGCCUCCAUCCAUAGUUCUUCAGGCACUCUGUCCACCAAAUCUAAAUCCUUAAACCUGUUCCUCACUUCCACUGUGUAUUCAUAAGGGAUUUGACUUAGAUUGUAUCUUACCGGCCCAGUGGUUUUUCCUACUUUCUUCAGUUUAAGCUUGAAUUUUGCUAUAAGAAACUGAUGAUCUGAGCCACAGUCAGCUCCAGGUCUUGUUUUUGCUGACUGUAUAGAGCUUCUCCAUCUUUGGCUGCAGAGAAUAUAAUCAAUCUGAUUUCGAUGCUGCCCAUCUGGUGAUGUCCAUGUGUAGAGUCGUCUCUUGUGUUGUUGGAAAAGAGUGUUUGUGAUGACCAGCUUGUUCUCUUGGCAGAACUCUAUUAGCCUUUGCCCUGCUUCGUUUUGAACUCCAAGGCCAAACUUGCCAGUUGUUCCUUUUAUCUCUUGACUCCCUACUUUAGCAUUCCAAUCCCCUAUAAUGAGAAGAACAUCCUUCUUUGGUGUCAUUUCUAUAAGGUGUUGUAAGUCUUCAUAGAAUUGAUCAAUUUCAGUUUCUUCAGCACCAGUGGUUGGUGCAUAGACUUGGAUUACUGUGAUGUUAAAAGGUCUGCCUUGGAUUCAUAUUGAGAUCAUUCUAUCAUUUUUGAGAUUGCACCCCAGUACAGCUUUCGCCACUCUUUCGUUGACUAUGAGGGCCACUCCAUUUCUUUUACGGGAUUCUUGCCCACAGUAGUAGAUAUGAUGGUCAUCCGAACUGAAUUUGCCCAUUCCCGUCCAUUUUAGUUCACUGAUGCCCAGGAUGUCAAUAUUUAUUCUUGCCAUCUCAUUUUUGACCACAUCCAACUUACCAAGGUUCAUGGUUCUUACAUUCCAGGUUCCUAUGCAAUAUUUUUAUUUACAGCAUUAGACUUUCCUUUCGCUUCCAGGCAUAUCCGCAACUGAGCGUCCUUUCAGCUUUGGCCCAGCCGCUUCAUUAGCUCUGAAUCUACUUGUACUUGUCCUCCGCUCUUCCUCAGUAGCAUGUUGGAUGCCUUCCGACCUGAGGGGCUCAUCUUCCAGCGUCAUAACUUUUAUAUGCCUGUUGCCUUUGUCCAUGGAGUUUUAUUGGCAGGGAUACUGGAGUGGCUUGCCGGUUCCUCCUCCAGGUGGAUCACGUUUGGUCAAAACUCCACUAUGACCUGUUCAUCUUGGGUGGCCCUGCACGGCAUAGCUCAUAGCUUCUCUGAGUUAUUCAGGCCCCUUCGCCACGGCAAGGCAGUGAUCCACGAAGGGGACAUUCACAUUAUUUUCAAUUUUUUCACUCCUGGGAUUACUUAGAUCCCUUGGCCUCCCCCAACCCUACACAAAUUUUCUCCUAUUUCUUUGCAUCUAAACGCAUUUUUCUAGUUCAUUUUCUCACUCUUUUCUUUCCUUUAACUAAUAUUACAUUAUUCGUGUUACAAUAAGCUGUUUCCUAGUUCUGCUGGAUCUCUCAGCAGCCUUUGUUACCAUCGAGCAUAACAUUCUUCUGGACCGUCUAGAGGAGCUGGGAGCUGGGGGCACUGUUAUAUAGUGGUUCCAUUCCCUCCUCCUGGGCCGUGUCCAGAAAGUGGUGUUGGGGGAUGAGUAUUUGGACCCCUGGUCUCUCACUUGUGGGGUGCCUCAGGGUUCCAUCCUUUCUCCGUUAUUGGGGGGUUUUGGCUGGGUGUUCAUCAGUAUGCGGAUGAUACCCAGCUCUACCUCUCUUUUAAAUCAGAACCAGUGAAGGCGGUGAAGGUCCUAUGUGAGUGUCUGGAGGCAGUUGGAGGAUGGAUGGUGGCUAACAGAUUCAGGCUGAAUCCUGACAAGACAGAAAUACUGUUUUGGGGGGACAGGGGGUGGGCAGGUAUAGGGGACUCCUUGGUCCUGAAUGGGGUAACUGUGCCCCCGAAAGACUAGGUGCACAGCCUGGGAGUCAUUUUGGACUCACAGCUGUCCAUGGAGGCUCAAGGCAAUUCUGUGUCCAGAGCAGCUGUCUCCCAGCUCCAUCUGGUACGCAGGCUGAGACCCUCCCUGCCUGCAGAAUGUCUCGCGAGACUGGUGCAUGCUCUAGUUAUCUCCUGCUUGGACUACUGCAAUGUGGUCUAUGAGGGGCUACCUUUGAAGGUGACCCAGAAACUACAACUAAUCCAAAAUAUGGCAACUAGACUGGUGACUGGGAGUAUCCGCCGAGUCCACAUAACACCAGUCUUCCAGCGAGGCACCAUGGCGGCCGCCACGGCAGAAAACAGCUCCUGAAGCCAGCCAGAGUAAACGGCUCUGGCUGGCUGACUCCCAGGCUGCCAGGACUGCUGCUGCCAGUGCCGCUAGCAGAGAGGAAUCGGGGGUGCCCGGUAUGUCUACCGGAGGAGCCUAACCCCCCCCCCCCCCCCGUGGCUUUGAUCGAGCUGGGAAGGCACCCGGGCACCCUUCGAACGGCCCAGAGGAGCUCCAGGGCCAGGAGGACCACGGAGCUAAGGAGAAGGAAAGGGGGAAAGAGGAAGAAAGAAAAAGGAGCCCCAACCUUACCGCUGCUGCUGCCAUCGCCGCUGCUGACGGGAAAGAAGAGGAGAGGUAGGUGAGCAUUGGGAGGGCAAAGGAGGCCACGCGGCUGAGCCCGACCCAAGCCUAGCCCUCCGGUGGCUAGCGCGCCAAAAGCAAGCCUCAGAGGAAGCAGAGGAAGUUCGUGCGUCAAAGGAGAUCGCAGAAAGGAAGAAACUACUUUUUACCCCUCCCCCCCCAAAAUAAUAAUGAUCUUCCCCACUUCUAAAAAAUAAAUAAAUAAUUUUUAAAAAAAUUUAAAUUCCCUCCCUCCAUAUACCUACUUUUAUCAUUUUUUAAAAGGGGGGGGGCACUGCCACUGCAGCCACCCUUUAUUUGAAUUUUUACUCUUACGAAUUAAAAUGGCGGUACCAAGAAGAGAGCCUUGAACCAGCACAGGCCAUUCCCUGGGACUGCCACUUCACCCCAGACUUUCUGCUCUCUUUUACUUAUUCUUUCCGUACUUUAUUCAUUUUUAAAAAUAAAAUAAAAUAACCAAUUUUUUAAAAUCUUUUUUUUAAAUAUACUUUUAAUUCUCAUUUUUAUCUUUUAUUUUUAUCUUUUUAUUUUUAUUUUUAAAAAGGGAGAAUAACAAAAUUUUGAAUCCAUUUCUGUUUUAUUUGUUAGCUUGUUUUUGAGGGGGGGAGUCCUUCCCACUCCGCUGCUACGACCACUGCCCUCUUUUAAAACAAAAAUUUUCUCCAUAUUACUGCCAUUGCUAUUGAUACCCUUCCUCUUACUCCCCCCCUUUACUUUUAUUUUUCCCUUCUUUUUUUGUUGUUCUCUUUCUUCACCCCUCCUUCUCCCCACUCCCCCUUUUCUAUCUCCCUCCCUUUCUUCUUCUUAAGGAGAACACACACACACACUACAGUGGUGCCUCGCAAGACGAAAUUAAUCAGUUCCGCGAGUCUCUUCGUCUAGCGGUUUUUUCAUCUUGCGAAGCAACCCGAUUAGCGCUAUUAGCAGUUUAGCGGCUAUUAGCGGCUUAGCGGCUAAAAGGCUAUUAGCGGCUUAGCGGCUUAGAAAAAGGGGGGGGGGCGAAAAAAAUCGCAAGACUCGCAAGACUUUUUCGUUUUGCGAAACAAGCCCAUAGGGAAAUUCGUCUUGCGAAGUGCAUCGAAAAACAGAAAACCCUUUCGUCUAGCGGGUUUUUCGUCUUGCGAGGCAUUUGUCUUGCGGGGCACCACUGUACUGUGUAUUGGUUUGCCCAGCCCCUCAAAGAGGUUUUCUACAUACUUUUACUUUACCAUAUUUUUCAUUUUUACUUUUAGCAUUUGAUACACAGAUAUUACUGUCAGGCACCACCACCUCACCAUCUUCAGGUUUCUCUCUUCUCUUUUUAUUUAUUUUCCUUUUUUGGGUUUGUCUGUUUCUUGCUUCCUCUUUCCUUCUUAACCCCUACAUCUACAUACAUAUACCUCCCCACCCACUUUCAUUAAUAACCCCCCUCCCCACGGUCCCUUACCUCAUACCAUAAUUAGAACCACCACUACAAUAUAUUAUCAUUGUUACUACUUUACUUUCUUUCUCUCUCUCUGUCUCUCUCCCCCCCUUUCUUUCUUCCUUCCCCUCUUUCUCUCACUCUCCUAUUUUAUUCUCUAAUCUCCUCCCCCCCCCCAUCUCCUAAAUCCCUUUCUUCUCUUCUCUUCUUUCCAAUCUUUUGCCCCUAUAUUGCUUUGUUUGGUUCUGUCCUAAACACACCCUUGCCAGCAUUAAAUCUCUUAACUAACCCCUAAUCCCACCUUCCACCCCUAACUGGACCCCAGUACCCCUAAUAAUAAACCUUUAUUGUCACUACACCACCAGUGUGCGGUGAAAUUAAACGAGGCCCCCCCCCAAACAUACACUCAGUCUUGUUCACACACUGUGUGCUUGUCAGAAGUCAAUUACACCACUAUUUUUUUUCCAUUCAGCAGCCCAACAGCCCACGUAUAAAAACUGUUCUUUAACCUGUUGGUGCGGCUGACUAUACUUCUGUAUCUCCUGCCCGAAGGUAGGAGAUUAAAGAAGUGCUGGCCAGGGUAUGAGUCGUCCCUAAGAAUCUUCCUCGCUCUCCUGGGGCAGCGGUCUCCCGCGAUGUCAUCUAGCGAACUCCGAGGACAGUCCAUGAUGUCCUUUUGUGUGUAUGAGUGCACACCACUGAGAAGAUUACGGGAACCCCAGAGAAGCCCUCAAAACACAACCCAGACGGGACACAAAUGACCACCUGAUCCAGACACUCUUUAAAAGCCACCAGUCAACAACGCCUGUUCAGCUCAGCAACAUCCAGGAACCACAACUCCAAAUCACAACACGCCCCUCCCCAAGAGGACAUCAAGCAGGUCUUAAACCAAAAACAUCAGUGAGAUUGCGAUGACACCGACCAGGGAGAUGGCAAACAACACUGAGGACACAACACACACACACCCCAAGUUGAGAACGACCCAGCAACUAAACGAGAACUGAAGGAAGUGAAAACAAGACUAACAGAACUACUGAAAGUGUGCAGUGACCUGACCUUCAAAGUGGAAACUCUAGAAAAUAAGAACCAAAUACAAGAAAGAAUAAUAAAGGAGUACAGAGAGGAAAACACACAUGUGAAUAAUAAAUUGGCUGAACUGGAAAGCCACCUGGAAAGAAUAGAAACAGAAAACACAGAAAUGAAAAUCAAACAAGCAGACCUCAAACAUCACAGUAGAUGCUGCAACAUCCGCUUCCGCAACUUUCCUGAAAAAGUGGAGGAGAAAAGCCCAGCAGACCUAAUUGUAUGCUGGUUGAAAAAUACAAUCCCAAACCUGACACUCAAGGUAGAUGACCUAGAGAGGGCUCACAGAGCCCUAAAACCUAUGCCAAAACCCAACACACGCCCCCCAAGAGACAUCAUUGUGUGCUUCACGUGCUACAAAAAGAAAGAAGAGGUAUGGAACAACACCAGAAACUCAACCAACCUUUGAUAUGGAAAUAACCCCAUAUUGCUCUUACAGGAUUUAUCCCAGGACACCCUAAAUCGGAGAAAAAGCCUACUCACAUGCACCCAGCGUCUCCAAGCAAGGAUCAAGUACCGAUGGGGCUUCCCCUUCCACCUCAUUGUAACAACCAACACAAUACAAUGCACAGCUACUAACAUACCUGAAGUACUGCAACUACUGAAGGACAUCGAACUCAACCUACCACCAGAAUGGCAACUGACAGACCCACCAAGUGACAGCCACAACCAUGAUGAAACAACAGCAAACAAUUGGACGACAGUAAAGAGGAAAAAGAAGCAACAGAAGCGACACAACAGUGCAAACCAGUACAGCUAACCACCACCAUGCACAGAAUCGUCCCGCUGUACAGCACAAGACACCAGGCCAAGAUCAACCAAACCAACACAUCACAGAUGAACAACCCUACAACAACAACUACAGCUGAAUGAAGCAACCGGAAAACACCUCAAACUGAAGGACUGGUGAUUCUUCCCCCUCCCCCCUUCCUUCUCCCCUCUCCUCCUAGGCCAUAAAUAUAGCUAACACCAGCAAUAUUUCCCUCCCCCCCCCCCGCAGCCCUACACCUCCACAUCCCACCCCAAUGCCAGUCCAGCCUUUAUAUUUUAUUAAGGAUUUUCUUGUUUUACAGAAGUGUAGUGCCUCGUAUUUUUUUUUUCAUGUAACAUUUUUACAAAUCCGUUUCAUUUGUUGAGGCAUUAGGGGGGAGCAGAAAAAAAGAAAAGAAAAGGGGGGUGGAGAGAGGGAAGAUGGAUGGGGGUGGGGUCGGGUGGCGGUGUUUCUAUUAUGUUUAAUGUAUGUAGAGUUUGGUGUCAGCGUUGCUUGUGUUGUUCACUUGUGUUCCUUUGGUGGUGAGAGAGGUUGGGGUUGGCCUAGGGUGUGAUUGCUUGCUUGUGAUUGGCUGUGGUGAUCUUUGUUUUCGUGUGUGAGUGAGGUGGGUGGGUGUUUUGGAUCAGGUUAGCCAUAUUGAUUUGUAUGCUGUUGGUGGAUUAUUGUCAUUGUCCUGUUGGGCUGUGUAUGUGAUAAAUGGGAGCCAUACCGGGGUGAAGGCGUCUUCUUCUGUUUGUCCCGUGUCAGUUUCAGUUUAUUAGUUAAUUUUUCUAGUAGGGCUGUUUCCCAUACUAUUUGGUACCAUUGGUCCAUGCUUACUCCUGACAGGUCUCUCCAGUGUCUGGUUAUGGUGUUUCUGGCUGCUGAGAGCAGGUGGGUUAUGAGUUCUUUGUGGUGUAAAUGGGCAUUGUUGUCUUGGAAGAUGUUUAGUAGGGCCAAUUCUGGGGUGAUGUCUAUUACUUGCUUAGUUAUUUUACAUAUUUCUUGUAUGGCUGUUGUCCAGAAUAGUUGGAUUUUGGGACACUCCCACCACAUGUGGAGGUAUGUGCCUGUGGAGGUGCACCCUCUCCAGCAUUUUGGUGAGGUUCCUGGGUGUAUUAGUGCUAGUUUCCUUGGUGUUAGGUACCACCUGUAGGUGAGUUUCAGUGUGAGUUCUUUUCUUUUCGUUGAUAUGGAUUUAAAGGGGGGUUUAGACCACAUUCUGGUCCAUUGAGUGUGGUUAAUCUCAUAGCCUAUGUCAUUCUCCCAUUGUUUUUUGAUUGCAUCUAGGGAUUUACAGGAUUUUGGAGUAGUAUUUUGUAUAUUGCGGAUACCGUCCCUUUACCGUUUCCCUUUGUUGUUAGGAGGAGGUUUUCGAAGGUUGUCAGGGGCCUAGUUGCUGCUGAUUUUACUGUUGGGUUGUUUAAGAGGGCAUGAAGUUGGUGUUGUGUUAACCAGGGCAUUUGGGUGUCUUCUAGUUUGUCUUGUAUUUCUUGUGUUGACAAGGGUUUGUUAUUUUUAUAAAAGUCUAUUAGGCGAUAUAAGCCUUUGGUUCACCAGGUUUUUAUCUUGAGGUUUUGUGCUGCACGGUGGAAUAACGGGUGGUACGCCAGGGGGAUUAGUGGGGAUGGGGUUGGGGAUAGUUUGCCUAUUUGUGUUUUCCAUGCUUUGAGCAUGGUCUGUGUGUACCUGUUAAGUGUUGUGGGAAUUUUCUUUAGUUUGUUUGGGAGGAGUGGGUAUGUUGUGGUGCAGGUGUUUUCAAUUGUGUCCCUCUCUAGGUGUACCCAUUGUUUUGUCUCAUCUUCUAGUAUAUAUGGGAUUAUGUGGCGUAUUUGGUUGGCAUUGUAAUAUGCUUCUAUGUUGGGGAUUCCCCAUCCUCCUUCUGAGGUGGGGAGGUGCAGGUAUUUGGGGCUUAUUCUUGGUUUUUAUGUGAGAAGAUGAAAGAGUGUAGUUUUCUCUGCCAACUGCGAAGUUGGGUUGAGGGAUCCAGAUUGGGAGGGUUUGGAAUAGGUAGGUUAGUUUUGGGAGUGUGAUCAUUUUGAUCAUGGCUAUUUUGUCUGAGAGAGUGAAGUUCAUGUUAUUCCAUCUCUUUAGGUCUUUGUUAAUUUGUCGCCACAGGGGCUUGUAGUUGUGGAGGUACAAUUUAUUGAGGUUUCUGGUUAUUUGUACCCCUAGGUAUCUGAACUUGGUGUGGCAAAGUUUUAUUUUGGUGACCUUCGUGAGUUCUUUUUGGGUGUGAGGAGGGGUGUUGAAGCACAUAGCUUCUGACUUUGUAAAAUUUACCUGUAGGCCCGACACCAUUGCAAAUGUGUUGAGUUCUCUGAUUAGGGAGGUUGCUGUGCUUAUGGGGUCUGGUGUUGUGACCAUUAGGUCAUCUGCAAAGAGCCCUAAUUUAUAGGUUCUGCCUUUUAUUUCCACUCCCUUGAUGUCUGUGGCUGCUCGGAUGCGGAUUGCUAGGGGUUCCAGAGCCAGGAUAAAUAAGGGAGACAGUGGGCAUCCUUGUUUCGUGCCUCUUUGGAUAGCUAUAGUGUUAGAAUCCAUAUUGUUAAUUCUGCAUUUUGCUGAGGCUUGGGAGUAUAUUUGUUUGAGGAUUUGUAGGAAGUUGGGGCCAAAUUUCAUGUUAGUUAGUACUGCUAAUAUGUAUUUCCACUCCAAGCAAUCAAAGGCUUUGAGGAUGUCUAGGGACAUAAUUGUCAAUGGGAGUUUGCCCAAUGCCAGUCCAGACGAUUUCAAACCACUUUCCCCAUCACCCAACAGCCCAUAACCCACACUUUCAGCACCCCGCUACUCCAUACUAAGGAAAAAUAACUUCUCCAACCUCAAUAAAACAACCCACAAACAGGCUAAAAUCUGACACCCAACCAGCACAGUGGUGGCACCAGAGCGUACCAACACCCACAUCCCCACCCCAACAUACCAAUGAUGUUGCUAAUAACAUUGGCAGCACUGCUUAUGAGCCCUAUACCCGACAUUGGCUUCACAAAGACAAUUAACACUGUCUCACUGACCAGCCCCUAUCGCAAAUGACACAGAGGAUGGUCUGCCCCUGAACAAGGCCCUCCACACCAGCUGAGACUUAGGACCAACUGGCUAAGUGCCAGAUGGCCCAAAAUCCCCCUAUAAACACCUAUGAGACUACAUAUAGGAUACUCUCUACACUCUACCCCCUACUCUUUAACCCAAAUUUAAUCCUAAUCCUACUAGUCCCCCACCCACCACACACUAAAAGGUAAAGGUACCCCUGCCCGUACGGGCCAGUCUUGCCAGACUCUAGGGUUGUGCGCUCAUCUCACUCUAAAGGCCGGGAGCCAGCGCUGUCCGAAGACACUUCCGGGUCACGUGGCCAGCGUGACAAGCUGCAUCUGGCGAGCCAGCGCAUCACACGGAACACCAUUUACCUUCCCGCUGGUAAGCGGUCCCUAUUUAUCUACUUGCACCCGAGGGUGCUUUCGAACUGCUAGGUUGGCAGGCGCUGGGACCGAACGACGGGAGCGCACCCCGCCGCGGGGAUUCGAACCGCCAACCUUUCGAUCGGCAAGUCCUAGGUGCUGAGGCUUUAACCCACAGCGCCACCCGCGUCCCUUUCCCACCAGCGUCCCUUUCAUAUAGGAUACUCUCUACACUCUACCCCCUACUCUUUAACCCAAAUCUAAUCCUAAUCCUACUAGUCCCCCACCCACCACACACUAGGUCAGCGCAACCCCAUUGGUUCAUUAAAUAACACAAAGUGAGAGACACAGGACAACCCGGACGGGUUGGCAAGGAAUCACCCUACAUAAUAGAUAAGCAAGAUGGCUAGCCUAAAAGCAAUUACAUUAAAUGUGAGGGGGCUGGAAAACCCCAUCAAAAGAAAACGCAUCACCUCAUACAUAAACACCAUGAAACCACACAUCACCUUCCUACAAGAAAUACACAACCCACCCAAAGGGAGCAAACUCCUUAGCAAUUCCUGCAUCAGUCAACAAUGGGUUGCACCAGGCUCAGGAAAGGCCCGCAGAGUAGCCAUAAUACUUAGUAGAGACCUGAACUUCAAAGCCACAACAGUCCUAAAGAACAAAAGAGGCAGAUUCAUUUUUGUUCCAUAUAUUCCCCAAACUCGAAAGAACUAGAAUUCACCCAGAAAACACUUAAACAAGUUCCUCUCCUCUGAAGGGGAAGCAAUCCUAGGAGGAGACUUCAACCUAAAUAUGAAAGGUAUAUCCCUGCAAGACAUCCACCCUACAACCCCAUGGGCAACCUUCCUCCAAAAGAAACCCCCAACAACUAGAGAUUCUUACAAGUUACUAAAAAUGCUACAUAAAAGGGUUCUCUACGACAUUUGGAGUGAGCAAAACCCAGGAGACACCAUCCAUACAUUCCAAUCCGGAUGCCAUUGUACAGUGUCCAGACUGGACAGCAUUCUGCUCACACAGGGUCUGAUCUCCUCCGUGGAAUCAACAAACAUAGGUGAUCACAGAUCACGCCCCAGUAGAAGUCACUGUUUAAAUAGGAGAGGGAACACAAACCACCCCAUCAUGGUCCUUCAGUCCCAUCCUAAUUACAGACAAACAAAUUAGAGAGAGUCUCACAAAAACUCUCCAAAACUACUUCAAGGAAAAUUAUUUAGACAAUGUAACAACCCCCCUCCUAUGGAACACAAUGAAAGCGGUCACCAGAGGAGCUUGCAUAAAAGAGAAAGCAUUCCUUAAAGCAAACCUCCACAAAAAUUAGCAAAAUAGAGCAAGACAUCACAGCCAUCUCAUCACGCUACAAACGAACAGGAUCUAAAAAACUCCUCAAACUUCUAGAACAAAAAAGGAGAGAGCUAGACUCCCUAGAAAUCAGCAAAACAAUGGUCAGUAUUCUAUACUCUAAACAAUGCUUCUAUGAAUAUGGAGGGAAAAACUCCAGACUACUAGCAAAUAGAUGUAGGAAAAAAGCACUCAAAACAAGAAUACACUGCAAUCACCAAAAAAGAUGGCAACAUACCAUUCUCCCCCAAAGAAAUAACCUCAGGCUUUACAGAAUUCUAUUCCAACCUAUACAUCUCCCAUAACCCACCUGAGAAGGAAAUCAGAAAAUUCCUAGUGGGACUGACCAUGCCUACCUUAACUGAUGAGGAACAGGAAUUCAUGGACAGUCCUAUCACCCCAGAGGAAAUAGAUACGGUCCUCAAAAACCUGAAACCACACAAAGCCCUAGGCCCAGACAGCUUCACAGCAGCAUUCUAUAGGAAAUUCAAAGAACCCCUGAUGCCCUACAUGACCCGCCUAUUCAAUGACAUCAUAAAAGGGGGGCCCAUCCCCAAAACCUGGACUCAUUCCAAAAUAGUCUCCAUCCCCAAACCACUGAAAGACAGCCUCAAAGUAGAAUCAUACUGCCCAAUCUCAUUAAUAAACCAAGACUACAAGAUAUGCACAUCAGUCUUGGCCAACCGCUAAAAAUCUUCCUGCACAAGUUGGUAGCCCCAGACCAGACUGGCUUUGUCCCUGGUUGCAGUAUUACAGACCCCAUCAGGAAACUACUGAACCUGAUCGAACACAGCAAGGCAACUUAACUCCCACUGACAAUUAUGUCCCUAGACAUCCUUGCUUAGAAUGGAAAUACAUAUUAGCAGUACUAACUAACAUGAAAUUUGGCCCCAACUUCCUACAAAUCCUCAAACAAAUAUACUCCCAAGCCUCAGCAAAAUGCAGAAUUAACAAUAUGGACUCAAAUACUAUAGCAUUCCAAAGAGGCCCGAAGCAAGGAUGCCCACUGUCUCCCUUCUUAUUUAUCCUGGCUCUGGAACCCUUAACAAUCUAAAUCCGAGCAGCACAGACAUCAAGGGAGUGGAAAUAAAAGGCAGAACCUAUAAAUUAGGGCUCUUUGCAGAUGACCUAAUGGUCACAACACCAGACCCCAUAAGCACAGCAACCUCCCUAAUCAGAGAACUCAACACAUUUGCAAUGGUGUCAGGCAUACAGGUAAAUUUUGCAAAGUCAGAAGCUAUGUGCUUCAACACACCCAAAAAGAACUCACUAAUGUCACCAAGAUAAAACUUUGCCACACCAAGUUCAGAUACCUAGGGGUACAAAUAACCAGAAACCUCAAUAAAUUGUACCUCCACAACUACAAGCCCCUGUGGCGACAAAUUAACAAAGACCUAAAAAGAUGGAACAACAUGAAUUUCACUCUCUCAGUCAAAAUAGCCAUGAUCCAAAUGAUCACCCUCCCAAAACUAACCUACCUAUUCCAAACCCUCCCAAUCUGGAUUCCCCCAACUCCACAGAUGGCAGAGAAAACUACACUCUUUUAUCUUCUCACAUAAAAAAAACCAAGAAUAAGCCCCAAAUACCUGCACCUCCCCACCUCAGAAGGAGGAUGGGGAAUCCCCAACAUAGAAGCAUAUUACAUUGCCAACCAAAUAUGCCAUAUAAUCCCAUACAUAUUAGAAGAUGAGAGAAAACAAUGGGUACACCUAGAGAGGGACACAAUUGAAAAUACCUGCACCACAGCAUACCCACUCCUCCCAAACAAACUAAGGAAGAUUCCCACAACAGUUAACAGGUACACAUAGGCACAUAGACCAUGCUCAAACCAGGGAAAGCAGAAAUAUGCAAACUAUCCCCAACCCCAUCCCCACCAAUGCCCCUGGUAACCCAUUAUUCCACCAUGCAGCGCAAAACCUCCAAAUAAAAACCUGGCAAACCAAAGGCUUAUAUUGCCUAAUUCUAUAAAAUAACAAACCUCUGUCAACACAAGAAAUACAGGACAAACUAGAAGACACCCAAAUGCCCUGGUUAGCACAACACCAACUACAUGCUCUCUUAAACAAUCCAGCAGUAAAAUCAGUAGCAACUAGGCCCCUGACAACCUUCGAAAACCUCCUCCUAACAACAAAGGGACACGGUAAAGUGAUGGUAUCCGCAAUAUGCAAAAUGCUACUCCAAAAUCCCACGAACCCCCUGGACACAAUAAAAAAACAAUGGGAGGAUGACAUAGGCUAUGAGAUUAACCCCACUCAAUGGACCAGAAUGUGGUCUAAACAACCCUUUAAAUCCAUAUCAACGAAAAGGAAAGAACUUACUCUGAAACUCACCUACAGGUGGUACCUAACACCAAGAAAACUAGCGCUAAUAUGCCCAGGAACCUCACCAAAAUGCUGGAGAGGGUGCACCUCCACAGGCACAUACCUCCACAUGUGGUGGGAGUGCCCCAAAAUCCAACUAUUCUGGACAACAGCUAUACGAGAAAUAUGUAAAAUAACUAAGCAAGUAUUAGAAAUCACCCCAGAAGUGGCCCUACUAAACAUCUUCGAAGACAAUAAUGCCCAUUUACACCACAAAGAACUCAUAACCCACCUACUUUCAGCAACCAGAAACAUCAUAACCAGAUACUGGAGAGACCUGUCAGGAGUAAGCAUGGACCAAUGGCACCAAAUAGUAUGGGAAACAGCCUUACUAGAAAAAUUUACCAAUAAACUGAAACUGACACGGGGACAAAUAGAAGAAGAUGCCUUCACCCCGGUAUGGCUCCCCUUUAUCACAUACACAGCCCAACAAGAUGACGACAAAAAUCCACCAACAGCGUACAAAUCAAUAUGGCUAACCUGAUCCAAAACACCCACCCACCCCACUCACACAUGAAAACAAAGAUCACCACAGCCAAUCACAAACAAACAACCACACCCUAGGUCAACCCCACCCCAACCUCUCUCACCACCAAAGGAACACAAGUGAAUAGCAGAGAACCUGCACAAGCGAUGCUGACACAAAACCCCACAUAUAUUAAGUAAAAUAGAAACAUUGGCACCCCACUCCACUCCCACUGACCUUUCCCCCCUCCACCUCUUUCCCCCUUUUCUUCCUAAUAUCUCAACAAAUGAAACUGAUCUGUAAAAAAAGGUUACUUGCGGGGAAAAGAGAGAGAGACAUUGCACAUACUUUUGUAAACCAAGAAAAUCUUUAAUAAAAAUAUAUUUAAAAAUAAAUUUACAUUUAAUAAAAAUACAUUUUUAAAAAACCCACCAGUCUUGAAAGACCUACAUUGGCUCCCAGUACGUUUCCAAGCACAAUUCUUUUAGAAGAUAUAUGAAGGCAGCCCUGUUUAGGGAAGGUUUUUUUUUAUAAAUCUUUUUUAUUGAGUUUUACAUUGCAAAUUUAAAUUCAAACAUUAAACAUCAACAUCAUCAUUUAGGAUCCCCUGAAUCCUUUGACUCCCCAUCUCCCUUCCAUGGUUACCAUUUUCAAUCUUUUUCAACUGCUUCACUUAUUUUCUGUUUUUCUUAAAUAAUCCAUUUUUACCUUUAUUUUUAGUACAUUACAAGCAUCACUCAAAUCCUGCCAAAGUUUUUAGUUGUUUACAGUGUUCUCUUAAGUACAGUGUAAAAUUUUCCUACUCCUUAAAGUUCUUCUCUUCCUGGUUUCUGAUCUUCCCAGUCAUUUUUGCCAUUUUUGGCAUCAUCAUCAUCAGCCAUUCGUCUCUGGUCAGGACUUUAUCUUCUUUCCAUCUCUGGGCCAUUAGUAUCCUCGCUGCUGUCAUCACAUACAUGAAUAAUCGUUUCUGCUACUUUGGUAUCUCUGCACCUAAAAUUCCUAAUAAAAAAGCCUCUGGGUUUUUUCACAAACAUUCUUUUAAACAUUUUUUUCAACUCACUAUAGAUCAUUUCCUAGAAUGCGUUUGUUAUCUUGCACGUCCACCACAUGUGGUAGAACAUGCCUUUCUUCUCCUAAUAUUUGCAGCAUACGUUUGAAGCAAUUCUAUACAUCUUUCCUAAUUUUAUAGGUGUUAAAUACCACUGACACAUCAUUUUCAUAUAGUUCUCCUUCAGCGCACAGCAUGCUGUAAAUUUUAACUUUUCCCAAAAUGAAAAUUUGAUAUUGUGCCCCUUGUAUCAUUACUGAUUUAACUUCUUCAUCCUUAGUAUGCCACUCUAACAACUUACACAUUUUGGAAGGUAACUUCAUAAUGUUUUCCAAUAAAUCCUUUUCAGACCUUGAAAUUUCCUUAGUAAAUCCAUUUUUCUUAUCCAUUUUAAACACAUCGUUUAAUUGGUGAUAUUGCAACCAGUCUGUUGUUUAGGGAAGUUUUUAAUGUUUGAUGUUUUAUCGUGUUUUUAAUAUUCUGUUGAGAGCCGCCCAGAGUCACUGGGGAAACCCAGCCAGAUGGGUGGGGUAUAAAUAAUAAUAAUAAUAAUCCACCCAGCCCUCCCAUGCUGCCUGCCUGCCCAAGGGCACACCUGGGGAGUGUCCCUUCAAGCCUGUCCCCAACCUUGCUUGCUCCCAUAAACUUACGUUGUCAGUUUUACGUAUGCAAUUAACUUAACACUAGUCUGAUUAUAUUGUUAUUUUAUGUUGCCUGUUUGAUUCAAGGUUGAGCAGUGUUUUUGCUUGAUGGGUUUUUCUUGUCAGCUUUUGUGUUUGAAUUCCCUUACCGAUGUCACGUGAUUUUGGUUUGAUAUAUUAGUGGAACUUGCAUUUGUUUAAUGCUUCUUUUUGUUUUGUUUUGUUUUGUUUUAUCUUAGUGAAAAAGUAGACUUGGAGCUUCCCAACGUGGAAAGUGACUCUCUGCCAGCCCCAGUUCUGGAAGCCCCAGAGGAUGCCAAAGUGAUAUUUAAAGAAAAAACUGUCACUUCUCUUGGAGACACAACGGAGGGAAUACCAGUUUUCAAAAAGCGAAAAUUUGAAAAUGGAAAAUCUAGAAACAUACGACAGAGACUGAAUGAUCACUAACAGACUAACUAUACUGCAGUGGGGUGUGUUUUUUUGUGGAAGAGAGAAGAGGGGGAAGAAAACAAAAUAUUUUAAACUAUUUCUUUGACGGAAAUGGUUGGAAAUUAGAAGCUUUUAAUUCUUCCAAGUUUAUUGGGUGUAAAUUGUAUUAUACUACUUAUUUUUGAGGUGGUACUAAUUUUGUUUGCUAAACAAAGGUUUUUUUUCCUUUAUGCAGUCAUCUAAAUAUAUUUUUUUACAUACCUCAUCAUCUGAAUUUGUGUUUCUUGUCUUACCAUCAGUAUGUGGUAAUAGUGAGUCAUUUUCUAAGGGAAAUGGGAGUUUAGCUGCUCCAUUGCUUAUGUUCUAUUCCUUUGGUGGGUUAUCAUCAGUCAAUAGCAGAGGGGAUACAAUUUCAUGGUGGUUGCUUUCUAAAAUAGUAUUGUAAUUUAUAUGGUAGCUUGUCAUAAUAUUAAGUAUUGACGAACGGUGACAGAAGAGCACCUCCCCUUUGGUUUUUAAAGUUAAACAGUGAAUAUCUAACUACACCUUUUAAAUUUCUGGAGAGUUUUGAAAUGUGAUGCAGCAAUUAGCAUCAAACCUUUCUCUCAUUUACCUUAACAGAAAGUAGUAGAAUACACAACAAUUUACCAUUCAAAGCCUAGGUAAGAUUUCAAUGUGAUAUUUCAGCCCCAUGUUAUGGACAACAAUAUUACCUUUUUUCUUUCUUUCUUUUUUUUGGUUUCAAAUAUUUCUGCUUUUCUUGCUACUUUUUUGUGCUUUUGUGAUGGUAGCGUGUAUAUUCCUCCAUCUUUUUUUACAUUUUUAUUGGUUUUUUUAACAUACCAUUUCCAACAAUCAUAUAACAUAACUUCUUAUCUUAUACAAUAUUUUAGACUUCUGUCAACGCCUCUGAUGAUUUUUCGUUCUUUAUCACUUAUUCUGCAUUUCUUAAUUUCUCUAUUACUCUUAAUUAUCAUUAACUAACAAUUCUUCUCAUAGUCUUUCUUGCAAUAUUUCAAAUAGUCCUCCUUACAAAACUUCUUCCAAUCCUACUAGCGUGAUCUGUUCAUUACCAUUACUUUUCAAAUAGUUCAUAUAUUUACUCCAGUCUUCUAAGAAACUCUGGUCCCGCAGGUUUCGAAUCCUUCCUGUUAAUUUAUGUGAUUCUGCAUAGUCCAUCAAUUUUGUCUGCCAUUCUUCUUUCGUCGGUAAUUCUUGCUCACUUGUAUAUUCCUUAGAUUUCAUUGUUUUUCUUUGGCAGGCUUUGGAUGAGGGAAAGGAAUGUUUUAUGGAUGAGAUAAAUAGACAAGGGCAGGUCUCUUGCUGCGCUGCGGCGGAGUCCGUGGGACCUUGGUCUCUCCCUUUCUGGUCUGUGCAGUGGCAGAAUGGUAGCCUGGGCUGCGUGUACUUGUGGCCCAAAAACCUGAGCCUGGGACACGAAGGUAACCUGAAUUCUCUGGCCUGCAUAGUUUUGCAAAUUAAGUAAACAUAUAUUUGUUUUGCAUGGUUAUUAUUCUACAGCUUGUCAUCAGGGGAGGCACAAACAGCUUUGCAGAUUCUAUUCCUGGGACUUCCCUGGACAUUGUCUACUCUGCAGGCGAUCUUCACUGCCUUGCUGGUUUUUGUCUUCUUUCUUCACUAUCGAUACAGUUACUAAUGAAGGCUGAAGGGGACCAAAUCUGCGAGAAACUUGAAAAGAGGGAACAGAAAAGCAUUGGGUGUAAUCCAUGUUACGGUGCCAAAUUAAGAGUCACAUUUGCUUUUUGGGCCCCUCUUCUACUUGCUGUGUUACCUGUAGAAGCUGGUUUUCACCAAAGAAGGGAGUAUAUGCACUUCUUUUAAACUUAUUUUUUCCUCCCGUGCCUAAAAUAAUGAGUUACAGUGCAAUCCUAUGCUUAUUUUUUAAAAAAAUUAAAUUUCCGUUAAAAAAAGUUUUUAGCUGUUUCUAUUUUAGUUGUAACUGAUCUUGAGUCUUAUCAGGAAAAAGGCCAGAUAGAAAUAAAUAUAAUGAUGGUGAUGUUUUGGCAGAACUUCCAUUGAAUUCAGUCAGGGCUAUUCCAAAGGAACUAUACAUAGGACUGCCUUAGUUUCUCAGGUACUAAAUAGCUUUAUUUCAGACAAGUUUUAAAAUGCAUGCUUGAGAUAUGCUAAAUACUGCAAAAUAAUGGUAUUUUUUAAAAGUACACUGUACCAUAGCAUGAAGCAUAGAAACUUAUGGUAACAUGUUUGUCUGCUUUAAGUGAGAAAAGGCUAACUAAAUCUAAUAAAAGUACCAGCAUUUAUUUUUGGACAUGCCAAGUUAAUUUGUUCUGUAUGUGUUACUCCAUUUGUUCUAAUGGUUCCAUUAACUGCCUUUUUUCUGAUUAGCCCAGGUAAACUUCACAUCUUAAAUUCAGAUGUGUUUACAUGUUGGAAAGCAAGCUAUUUUUAAAAUUUGCCUUGUAACUUACCUAAUUUUAUAUAUGAACUGUUUUGAACUAUCCUGCUGUGAUCAGAGGCUCAGGUUCAAACCAUCUGUCGACUUCCUCUCUUGAGAGGCUUUUCUCUCCAUUUCCUUUUUAAUGCUAACCUCAGUUUACUGUGACAUUUAAAAUCUGCAAACUGUGGUUGUAAUCAGAUACUAUGGGUAACUGAUUCUGCUUUGAAGGUCACAGCUAAUGUCAUAGCAAUCUAUGGUUAGCCCUAAAUAGGAAACACGAGGGAGGCCAUGCAUAUUUUAGAGCUCUGUAUAACUUGAAUUUCUUGCUCUCUCGGUAUUGACUAUGCAACCCUCUAGCUCUAAUUACUGUGGUACAGAAAGAAGCAGUGGGGUGAAGUAAUUGGGGCAGAAGAAAGGAGUUUUGUGUUCCACACUGUUGCUGGUAAAGGGUCACAAAGUAAAUAAUUGCACUCUUCUGACUUUUCUUUGUGCCACUUAUCUGCCUUUUUCUGUUUUCUCAGACGUUGCUUACAGAGUCAGCUAUUCAUUUCCUGCUGUGUGUGUGUGUGUGUGUGUGUGCCCGCGCGCAUGCGCGCGCACGCUUGUGUUUACAAGAACCAAGGAUUAAUAUGAAGCAGAAGAAAGGAAAAAGCUCUUGGAUUAUUAGGGCUCUUCAGUUUACUAAUAAUGAGUAAUCAUGCAAAAGUCUAGGAUGGAAAAUAAUGCACUUCAUGUGCAUUAUUCUGAAACACUCUUAUUUCCUGUUGUGUAAAUAUUUUUGUGUGUGAAUUACUCUUCUAAAAUGGCAGUAUGUUGUUGGUGUAUUUGCAAGCGGUGUGAAUUACCAAUAAAGAGAAGCAAAGAAGAGUCUGUGUCAGACAUGCUGCUUAAAUGAUGGUUGCUUUCAGAUGGGUGCCACAAAGCAGGUCUUGCAGGUGCUUACAGGUUGUAUCCAGCGGUAGCACUCAGCUGGCAGUAACUUUGUGUCAGUGGGAUGGGAGGGAAACAAUCAUAAGCGAUGCCUCUCCCUCACCUUGCAGGCCUCCCCCCCCCCCAAAAAAAAAGCUGCUUGGGAGUUUAGGGACAGUACAGCAGAUACGGGGGGGCUGCAGUGGGAGGGAAGUUCCUAUAAACUGCUUCCCUCCCCAUCUUGCUGAACAACUGAGCAACAUCUUUGGUUACAGCACUAUGUUUCAAAACCUUACCUUCCCCAAAACUGGGGAGAGAUUUGUUCUAUUCUGAUUUGCAAAGAAAUUUAAAGCUUUAACUUUGAACUAGUGAGGCAAUGUUAUUUGCAAUUAUUCCAUCUAAAAUUCCUAUGCUAAUCUAAACUUAAAACUAGUUGAAGUCUUCCUAGCAAACUCACACUUUCACAAGGACUUUGAUAAUUUAGCUGUGUUAGAUUCCCAAAGCUGAAAAAUCUUUCUAAGGGAAUGGGGACAGAUCUGCUUAUGCCACUCCUUGAUUUCUUUCUUCCUCCCCCUGCUCCCUGCAAUCUUUGCUUACUUUCCCUAUUUUCUCACUCACCUACACCAUGGCAACAAAGAACUAGGAUCAAAGUGUUCCAUCUCCAUAGGAGAAAAUUUCCAUGGCUGACUUUGAGUGACUUGAGCAAAGAUUUCUUAGAACCAGAAAAAAAAUUAAAAUGCUCCAAUAUGAAUUUUCCUGGGUUCUAACUGGGGGAUCAAAAAUGUUUUCUGAAUGAAUGCUUCCACUGUCUCCUACCAUUUUUGUGCUCUUCUGCUCAGAAAAUAUUUUCUGUCUGGCACCUUCUCUUCCUGCAGUUAUGUAUAUUGCAAGUGCUAACACAUUGUUAAUCUGUCUCAUUGCCUUUGUUACAAU